AUGGCCAUUAAAGAUGGGCGAAAGAUAAUACCAGACGAUGAAUUCAAAUUUCAGGUCGAACUUGACGACUCACUCUUUGGUGAACCUUACCCAAAAUCUCGCGAGUAUCCCAAAGGACCAGCAGAGAAUUACGUCAAAAAGCCUAGGAAAUUAGAUCCUUCUGAGUACUAA